CUCCACCGGAAGUCAAUCACGGCAGUCUCUCCUCUUUACUCCGUGGCAUUUUGUAUCACAGUCUGACUGACUGAGUCGCCAUGUUAAAAAACCUCCAAACCUAAGCCCACGGAAUGAUGGAGGAUAGCGACAAGAGGUGGCACCCUGGACUGGUGUGAAACUCAUGGAGGUGCGACGACAAUGGUGGAGAUGGUGAAGACAUGAGUCUGGGAGGCGUGUGGCGGUGCCCCGGAGAGAGUCCGAGAGUUGUGUGAGUGAUGUGAUUGGAUGGACAUGCAGACCUGCCUGCUAUAGCGCGUGCGUGCGUGCGUGUGUGUGUGAGCGUGAUGCCCAGGCGGGGGUCGCCGCUCCAGGGCCGGGCGCGAUGGCUCUUCCUGGGUCUGUUCCUGCUGCUGGUGCUGCUGCUGUUCGCCUACCUGUUGGAGUGCACGCCGCCGGCCGACGUCAGCCUGCUCCUGCCCGGGAUCGCGGGGGAGCCCUACGGGAAGGAGCACUACCAGGGGCUGCUGCAGGAGCAGGAGGAGCGCCAUCUGAACCGCGCCUCCAGCCUGAAGCGCCAGAUCGCUCAGCUCAAGCAGGAGCUGCAGGAGAUGAGCGAGAAACUCAAGCUGCUGCAGGAGAAGAAGGAGCCGCCAGGCGUGCAAGGGCUGGUGGAAACUAAAGACCAGGAGCCUGGAGAUCUGCUGGAGUUCCUGCACUCCCAGAUCGACAAGGCGGAGGUGAACACGGGCGCACGCCUGCCCAGCGAGUACGCGCUGGUCCCCUUCCAGAGCUUCACCUCCUCCAAGGUGUACCAGCUGGAGAUGGGUCUGACCCGACACCCGGAGGAGAAGCCCGUGCGCAAGGAUCGCAGGGACGAGCUGGUGGAGGUCAUCGAGACGGCUCUGGAUAUCAUCAACAACCCAGACGAGGAGGACGGCGUGGAGGACGACGUGCCCAUGCAGAGGCAGAUCUACAGCGAGGCUCACUUCACCGAGGGACUGUACAGGACAGAGCGAGACAAGGGCUCGCUCUACGAGCUUUUCUUCGUGAAGGAAGAUUCCAGCAACUUCCGUCACGUCACGCUCUUCAGGCCCUUUGGUCCACUGAUGAAGGUCCGCAGCACCUCGGUGGAGACGUCGGGAAUGGUCAUCAACAUCAUCGUGCCGCUGGCGGGCAGAGUGGACACCUUCAUCCAGUUCCUGCACAACUUCAGGGAGGUGUGUGUGCAGCAGGACAAGCGAGUUCAUCUCACUGUGGUCCACUUCGGUCAAGACAGUCUGCAGGAGGUGAAGGCGGCUCUGGAGAGCAUGUCCAGGGAGGAGAACUUCUCCAACUACACUCUGAUCCCAGUGGACGAGGAGUUCUCCCGCGGCCGAGGUCUGGACAUCGGAGCGCACGCCUGGAAGAGCGGAGACGUCCUGAUGUUCUUCUGCGACGUCGACAUCCACUUCACCCUGGAGUUCCUCAACACCUGCCGACUGCAGGCGGCUCCCAACAAGAAAGUCUUUUACCCGGUCGUCUUCAGUCUCUACAAUCCUGCCAUUGUUUACGGAAAUCUGGAGCUGGCUCCGCCCAUUGAACUGCAGUUGAUUCAUAAGAAAGACGCCGGCUUCUGGAGGGACUUUGGUUUCGGGAUGACCUGCCAGUAUCGCUCUGACUUCCUCAGCAUUGGGGGAUUCGACCUGGACGUGAAGGGCUGGGGUGUGGAAGACGUCCACUUGUACAAAAAGUAUCUCCGCAGCGACCUCAUCGUGAUCCGCACCCCGGUGUCGGGGCUCUUCCACCUGUGGCACGAGAAGCAGUGCGCGGACGAGCUGACCCCGGAGCAGUACCGCAUGUGCAUCCAGUCCAAAGCCAUGAACGAGGCCUCGCACUCUCACCUGGGCAUGCUGGUGUUCCGCGAGGAGAUCGAGACGCACCUCCGGAAGCAGGCUUUUAAGACUCAGAGCAGAACCGAGGACUGAAGCUCCGAGCACUGUGAGGCUCCGAGUCCAGUCACACAGAUCCUCCAGCAUUUCAACUGCACAUCUGUAGACAAAUGAAUGUACGAUAACAAGCAAUGUGAAGCCUGUGGAGUCAAGAACACAGUUUCAAAUGCAUGCAGUCACAUCCUCAUGUCUGGAUUCAUGAAAUGGUACUGGACCAUUGAUGGAUAUCUGUUACCACAGAUGCAUGGACAGGGAUUUUCACCCGCUCAUUUUGGUGGUUGCAAAUAUUAACAUGAAGGGAUCAAGUCUGAAACUGUUGUUGGAGAACGAAGCUGUCGUGUGAAUCCUGACACAUUCCAGUCGAAAAAACACGAUUCAUUUGUUACUAAAGGACGUACAGUAUUUAUUACCAGCCUCAGGCGCCGGUCGACGCAGCAGAUAAAGGAUCUUUGUGUUUGCGACAAAACUGGAGCCAUAAAUGAUAUAUUUUUAAUUUCAUGUGACCACAAAGGGACUGUUUCUUUGUUAUGCGACAAUCCGUCCGUACAGAAUGGCGUGCUGAUCUGCUGACUCCGCACUAAAACAUCUGUUCUGUGUUUGGCUGCCCUGUAAAUAUUUGGUCGGCGAUGAUUGUGCCAACAUGUGAGGGUGACCGAGGGGGGGGGGUUCCGAGUGACGGCAGCACAGGUCAAUGUUUCAAUGUAAAUACCUUUAUUCAUAUCUUCUGUAGAUAUUCUUACAGUCAUUUCAUUUCAGCGCUACACGGCUCAGUGUUUGUAAAACAACAUGGUUUUUUAAUUUUGGCCAUAAAAUAAACAUACUGACACUGUUAUUC